AUGACAACUUCCUCAACUAAGUCGCUUGGAAAUUCACUCCCAAUAAACUUAACUAAAGAUUCUGAAAAAAACGAGGUAGAUUCAUUUAAACAACAGAAUGCACAACAACAACCACUACAAGGGUCAACAAGUGAUGAGACUGUAGAUGGUAAUCAUGGUAAUCAGCCGGUUUCAGCCGAGGAAACCGGUAGGUACACCACCACAGCAUUUAUGCCGAAAAUGGCCAAUGAAGAAUUAAAGCAAGAACUAGGCAGAGCAUCAUGGAGAUUGUUCCAUACCAUAUUAGCACGAUAUCCCGAUAAACCAACACAACAAGAAGAAACUACGUUGUUUACAUAUAUCCAGUUAUUUGCUCAAGUUUAUCCCUGUGGAGAUUGUGCACGUCAUUUCCAAAAAUUAUUAGCGCAAUUUCCACCGCAAACAAAGAGUCGGAAAACAGCAGCUAUUUGGGGGUGCUAUAUACAUAACAAAGUCAACCAAAGAUUAAAGAAGAACGAGUACGAUUGUACUACUAUUCUUAAAGAUUAUGACUGUGGAUGUGGUUCAGACGAAUUGGAGAGUGAUUAUACCUUGAAAGGAGAGAGUAUGGAGAAAUUGAGAAAUUUGAGAUUGGAGAAGGAAGGGUUGCAAAAGGGUGGAUGA